CAACGGGCAAAAUAUAAACGGAAUGGCAGCGAAGCCUUCCCAAACUGUGGAAAUGUCUACCCUGUUUCAGGUUCAAAACUUAUCAUUCGUAACUGCUAUGGUGCAACGAGGCUUGGAGUAUCUUGACAGAAAACUGAGAAAUGAUAGACGGGUCAUCCUUCCAAAUGCGCCUCCAAUAAGGUCGACAGUAAAGAGCCUUCAGUUCACUCUGGUAACCAUAUUUGCAGACGAAGAAGGAAAUAUCAAAUCAGUCCUGAAUUGGGAGUUUGCAGGUGUC